AUGCACGCCCACGCCCCCCACGCCCUCGGCCUCCGCGUCCCUCCCCCCGCGUUCCCCCGCCGCCGCGCUCGCCCGCGCCGGCGCCCCGCCGCGGACGUCCGCGCCUCGGCGGCCACCUCGGCGGCGCCGCAGAGAGAGACGGACCCCAGGAAGCGGGUGGUGAUCACGGGGAUGGGGCUGGCGUCGGUGUUCGGGAACGACGUGGACACAUUCUACGACCGGCUCCUGGCCGGGGAGAGCGGCGUCGGGCCCAUCGACCGGUUCGAUGCCAGCAGUUUCCCCACGAGGUUCGCCGGGCAGAUACGGGGGUUCUCGUCGGAGGGGUACAUCGACGGCAAGAACGACCGGAGGCUCGACGACUGCAUCCGGUACUGCAUCCUCAGCGGCAAGAAGGCGCUCGAGAGCGCCGGGCUCAGCGCAGGAUCCGACGCGCACGGCAAGCUUGAUGUGGGGCGGGCUGGUAUUCUUGUGGGUUCUGGCAUGGGUGGCCUUUCAGUAUUCUCCGAUGGUGUUCAGAAUCUUAUCGAGAAGGGAUACAGAAAAAUUUCACCUUUCUUUAUCCCAUAUGCUAUAACUAACAUGGGUUCAGCCUUGCUUGCCAUGGAUGUUGGUUUCAUGGGCCCCAACUACUCAAUUUCAACUGCGUGUGCAACCUCCAACUACUGCUUUUAUGCUGCCGCAAACCAUAUUCGUCGUGGUGAGGCUGAUAUCAUCGUCGCUGGUGGAACUGAAGCUGCCAUCAUUCCAAUCGGCCUUGGAGGUUUUGUAGCAUGUAGAGCACUAUCACAAAGGAACGAUGACCCAAUAACUGCAUCUAGGCCAUGGGAUAAAGAGCGAGAUGGCUUUGUUAUGGGUGAAGGUGCCGGUGUACUGGUUAUGGAGAGCCUGGAGCACGCAAUGAAGCGUGAUGCACCAAUAAUUGCUGAAUACUUGGGAGGUGCGGUCAACUGUGAUGCUUACCAUAUGACUGAUCCUCGAUCAGAUGGACUGGGUGUAUCAUCCUGUAUUACAAUGAGUCUCAGAGAUGCAGGUGUUGCACCAGAGGAGGUGAACUACAUCAAUGCACACGCAACUUCGACACUUGCUGGUGACUUGGCUGAAGUGAGAGCCAUUAAGCAAGUCUUCAAGAAUCCAUCUGAGAUCAAGAUCAAUUCUACGAAGUCCAUGAUAGGCCAUUGCCUGGGUGCAGCAGGUGGGUUAGAAGCUAUCGCCACUAUCAAGUCCAUAACUACUGGAUGGGUGCAUCCUACCAUUAACCAAUUUAAGCCAGAGCCUGAAGUUGAUUUUGAUACAGUAGCUAAUGAAAAGAAGCAGCAUGAAGUGAAUGUUGCUAUUUCUAACUCAUUUGGAUUUGGAGGGCACAAUUCGGUGGUGGUAUUUGCGCCAUUCAAGCAGUGA